AUGGGUUAUGUUCCAGGAGCUGGUUUAGGACGAAACGGUGAAGGCAUGAGGCACCCAAUCCUAAUAAUCGAUAAGCGAAAUUGUCAUGGUUUGGGCUUUGAUGAGAACAUGGGUUCUAAGGUUAUGAAAAAGAAGUCUCUCACUUUGAAUGGGCAAUUUGUGUUGCAAAAUGACACUGAGCCAUUUUAUGAGUUUCUUGAACCUUGGUAUGACUUGGAUAAAGAGAAAAUUCUCCCUAGGUUAGAAAUUUUCUUUGCAGAAGCAAGGAAUGAAGAAUUUACUAAGAAAUGGUUUGAUAAGAAACCAGUAUCUAAGAAAGAUUUUGAUUGGGUUGACCAUCUAAAGCAAAGAGUUCUAAGAGGCUUGUUUUCAUCAAUUUUUGAUUAUGAAGUCCGAUUAGAUCCCAUUACGCUUAUUACUCCAAUAAAAACAGAAGUUGGAAACAAUAUCCGAUCCGAAAAUCGAGAAAAAUUCCCUUUUUUCCCUAAACUAUAUACUUUUCAAUCCUCUAUCUCUGACGGUUAUGAAACCGAUAGCUCAUCAUCUAGCCAAUCAUUUAUCCAUACACCGCCUGAUAUCCCAUAUCAUGAAGAUAUCGAUAAAAUCACUUGUACAGAUAAUGAUGUAAAAGAAGUCAAGAUAGGAUCCACCCUUUCCCUCGAUGAACAAAAUGCAUUUGUUAUUUUACUUAAAAAAUAUGUGGAUGUCUUUGCAUGGUCUUAUGCUGAUAUGCCUGGUGUCGAUCGUAGCAUUGCUGAACAUCGUAUACCACUCUAUCCCGAUAGCAAGCCAAAGCAACAAAAGCUUCGUAGAAUGAAACUGGAAGUUAGUCUCAAAGUUAAGGAGGAAAUUCAAAAGCAGCUUGAAGCCAACUUCAUUAAACCAAUUAAGCAUCCGGAAUGGCUAGCGAAUGUGGUGGUAGUACCCAAAAAAGAUGGAAGGGUCAGAGUGUGCAUUGAUUUUAGGGAUUUAAAUUCAGCAUCACCAAAAGACUAUUUUCCUUUACCCCACAUUGAUGUUCUGGUUCAUAACACUACUGGACAUGCCAUGUUCUCAUUCAUGGACGGAUUCUCGGGAUAUAAUCAGGUGCUUAUGUCAGAAGAGGACAUGUCCAAAACUUCUUUUAUUACCCCAUGGGGAACCUUUUGUUAUAGAGCAAUGCCCUUUGGAUUAAAGAAUGCCGGGGCAACCUAUCAACGGGCUGCAACGACGAUUUUGCAUGACCUCAUCCACGAUAUUGUGGAGGUUUAUGUUGAUGACAUGAUUGUCAAAAGUCAUGAUCGUGAAACGCACCUUGAUGCUUUAAAAUCAUUCUUCGAUAGAAUUAGGAAAUACAAUCUGAGAUUGAAUCCUCAGAAAUGUGUAUUUGGAGUAACUUCGGGAAAAAUUCUAGGCUUCGUUGUAAGUCAAGACGGAAUUAAGGUUGAUUCUGACAAGGUAAAGGCCAUACAAGAGCUUCCUCCGCCAAGGACGGAAAAGGAGAUUCGGGGAUUUCUUGGUAGAAUUCAAUAUAUUAGUAGGUUCAUAUCGCAAUUGACAACCCGGUGUGAACCUAUAUUUAUGUUACUUAAGAAAAAUGUUCCUACAAAAUGGAAUGACGAAUGUCAAGCCUCAUUUGAUUCAAUGAAAAAAUACCUCUCCAAUCCUCCAGUUUUAAUGUUGUCGAAACCAGGGCAGCCCUUGAUAUUAUAUCUUACUAUUACGGAAACAGCCAUGGGAGCUCUUUUGGCACAAUACCAAGAGGGUACAAGGAAGGAAAUAGCUAUCUACUACCUCAGUAAAAAGUUCCUUGAGUAUGAAACUAGAUACUCUCCUUUAGAAAGAGCUUGCAUUGCCCUUAUUUACGAGACAAAGAAGCUUCGACAUUAUUUGCAAGCACAUACUACUUAUCUGGUUUCGAGAAUUGUUAUUCAGUGCGUGAAUCAAAAGUCUGUCAAAGGGAGGGCUAUAUCUGAAGCUUUGGCUGAUGGACCUAUAUCGGGUGAUGAAUUUGAUGAUGAUUUUCCAGAUGAACAUAUUUUCUGUCUUAGUACGUCACAAUGGACGAUGUAUUUCGACGGAGCCUCAAAUAGAAGGGGAAAUGGUGCAGGGGUGUUUUUGAUCGAUCCUUAUGGAGUACAUAUUCCUUUUGCUGUGAAGCUUAGUUUCCCAACGACGAAUAACAUGGCUGAAAAUGAAGCCUGCAUCUAUGGAAUCAAAGCGGCAUUAGCAGCUGGUGCAAAAAAUCUCACAGUAUACGAUGAUUCUUAUCUCAUAAUUUCCCAGACUAUUGGAGCUUGGAAAGUUCGAGACGAAAGGUUGCAAAUGUACACGGAGUAUCUUCAAAAAUUUAUCCCAUUCUUUGAAGAAAUAGAAUUCAAACAUCUCCCUCGCGAACAAAACAGUUUCACCGAUGCUUUGGCAAAUCUGGCGGUAAAUUUAACUUGGGACGAUGAUGUGAAGGUACAAUCGGUAACAAUUGUAGAAAAAGAAAUUCCAGUGGUUAAUUUUAAACCAACAAUUGCUUUAUUAACCCAAGAAGAUGAUAAGGAUACUUGGUAUACUGACGUUAAAAAGUAUUUAAUCAAUGGAGAAUAUCCUGAAGGAAGUCACAAGAAGGAUCAAUUGGCUAUUCGAAGGCUAGCUUCUCAUUUCACAAUGUUAAAAGGUUUGUUGUAUCAUAAGAUUUUUGAUGGAAAUUUGCAAUUAUGCAUCGAUGGGGAGCUGACACAAAGGAUCAUGGAAGAGGUACAUGGGGGAGAAUGUGGGCCUCACAUGAAUGGACGAAUGCUUGCUCGGAAGAUUCUGCGAGCAGGGUAUUAUUGGACCACUUUGGAAAGUGAUUGCAUCCAUUUCGUACGAACAUGA